AAAGUAUCAUUCUUGAAUCUUAAUCUUGAAAUUGUUUUCUCUAGUUAAAUCGAUCGAAGUGUGAAAGUAAAGAGAUGGUAAAGAAAUUUUACAUGGCUUUCUCGAAAUUCCGCAAACAAAUCUCCACGGCUCACCCUAUCUUGAUGACGUUACUCUCAUCCCCACGUCACGACUCGUCAUCAUCCACGCCGCCGAUUGGCAACCACAUCAACGGUGGUAUGGGACUGAGAUCGAUGUCGGAAGAAUCUCUCAACAAACUUACCGACUGUAUCAACAACAUGAACGAGGAUGUUUCGAAGUUGUAUAUGGAGUGUCCCGAGACUGAUUUUAAUACAGAGCUGCUUAAUCUCCUCAAUGAUUACUUCAAUACUAGCGGAGAAGUCACAGAACUCUGCAAAUCUUUAAGAAAAUGUUUAGAAACAGCUCAGCACUACGAAUGUGCAUUCAUCGAGGAGGCAUUAUACGAUUUCGAGGAAGAAAAAAGGAUUUAUGGAGGAAGAUUAUUGUUAGAAGCUAGUUUUAGAAAAACCCUAGGAGAUUUAAGGAGUUUCAGCGAGUUUGACUACUUUAACGAUGGUGAUCUCGAGAGGAAAGGUAUGAGAUGUCGUGAUGAAAUUGCCCAUUUGAUUGUCAAGCUUCAUGAGAUGGUGAAAAAGAUCGACGAGGAUUUGAAACGCGUGCGUCUUCGAAGAGCGGUUGUGGCGGUUGCGUUACUUGUUCCUGUGAUAGGGUUAUUGGCUACGAAAUUGGUAGGGGGUGUUCCAAUAGAACCAUUGACUACAUACGCGGCUCUAAAGUGGAGAAAGGCAACCAAAGGUUUGAAGAUGAAAAAGAUUGCGAUGGUUUCGAUGGAGAGAGGCAUGACAGUGGCUUUGAAGGAAGUUGAAAUCAUCGUUAAGCUUGUGAUGAGAUUGAGACAUGUGGAAAGAUUGAUACGAGAGAAGGCGAAGUUCGCAGUAGAUAAACAGUCCUCGGUGGCUGAGGUAAUGGGAGGAAUGGAGAAGGAGCAAAAGAUGAUGAAGUCAACCCUCGUUGACUUAGAUCGAGAGGCUGGAAGGUGCGAUGAUCUUGCUCAGUUUGGUCGUAACACUGCUAGGAUGAAGGUAGUUGAGUUUCUGUCUCCGGACUAGAAAGAAUUCAAAAAAUUGAAUAUAACAUAUAUUAAUGUUCUCGUUUUCUGCAUUUAUGGUUUAUUUUGUUUUAUGAUCUAAUCAAACCAUUUGUAUUAGUUAUUGUAUUUUUUUAAUUUGUCUCCUCUGUUUUUUCUAUGAAUAUAACUGAAAAUAGACA